UCGAAUUAGUCUCUCUAUAAUUGGUUAAUUGAUUGAAAUUUGUUAAAAAUUUUUUUUGGAAAUCUUUCUCUCAGAUGAUGUUUGUACGUAAUAUCUAGUUAUUAAUUUUUUCUCUGAACUAAAAUAUUAAUCUAAAAUGGCUUUCAGACAAGAUUCUUGGGAUGAAGGGGAGUUUGAAAGACGAGAGAGACUCAUUGAUGGCCUAAAUAAUAAGAAUACUCAAAUCAAUGACGCCUUCAGUGGCAGAGAAGAGGGUGGAAACAGGCAAGCUCUUCUGGGUGCUGAAAUGGUGACUGCUUCCACGAAUGUUUGGGGAAUGGAAGAGGACGAGAGAACCAGGGAUUUGAGUUUCAAUGAAAUAAAAGAGCAACAGCUAAUGGCUUUUCAAGGUAUGUCACAUUACAAGAAGAAAGUUACCGAAUUCACAGCAGAUUCUCAUGAAAACAAAAUAAUGAAAUAUUUUAAAUCAGGGGCCUGUCCAGA